AUGCUAGAAAGAGCCAGCAUAGUAGAAGUUAUGAGAAAACUAACAGAAAGGCUAGAAAAAUUAGAAAAUCGACAAACGCCUAUAUCAUAUGCAGCAAUAACCAGCGCACAGCCAAGCACACCCAUAAAAACACUGAAGAAGCUAAUAAUAAAGCCCAAAGACAAACAGAACAACAUUGAAACAAAACAUGAACUAAACAAGCACAUUGACUUAUCCAAGUUACAAAUAAAAAUAUCAGCAGUGAAUAAUAUCAAAAAUGGAGGCGGCAAGUUAGAUUUCAAGAGGAAGACAUAA